CCCGCACGGCCGGUAUUCAUCCUGCCACCGAAACAAGGGGGUUCCACUCGGCAUCAGCCCCGGUGCGGGGGCUCGUGUCCCCCCCUGCCCAUCCCGGGGGGCUCGGGGCUGUCACUGGGCUGGGCACAGACACAGACAUCACCCCUCGGAGCCACAAUGGGGCUUUGUGUGCCCGGUACCAUCGGGGACACGAAGCCGAGGCAGGAAAACAAAGGGCUUCGGGGUGGCACAGCCGGUGCCUGCCCGGUGCUGCCAGUGCCGGGGACGGCCGCGCCGCGGGCACCGGGGCGAUGCAGCCGGGCAGCCGGUGCCCGUCCCGCAGGCACUCCUGCAUCGGCUUUGACCUGGAGAAUGGCCCCCCCGGCCGGGCCGUGCUGGACCCCCAGGCCAGCCCUGGUGCGGGGCUGGUCCUCCAAGGCACCUUCUCCCAUGGCCAGCGCCGCGAGUCCUUCCUGUACCGCUCCGACAGCGACUAUGACCUGUCCCCAAAGGCCAUGUCCCGCAACUCCUCCAUCGCCAGCGACUUGCAUGGAGAAGACAUGAUUGUCACUCCCUUUGCACAGGUCCUGGCCAGUCUCCGCACAGUCCGGAGCAACCUGACCCACCUGCAGGACCGCGCCGGCAUCAAGCGAGGAUCGAGCAGCAGCCUCCCCUCUGGGAGCAAGGCCAGCCUCACAGAAGAUGCCCACCAGAAGCUCUCCCGGGAGACCCUGGAGGAGCUGGAUUGGUGCCUGGACCAGCUGGAGACGCUGCAGACGCGGCACUCGGUGGGCGAGAUGGCCUCCAACAAGUUCAAGAGGAUGCUGAGCCGGGAGCUGACGCAGCUCUCCGAGACCAGCCGCUCCGGGAACCAGGUCUCCGAGUACAUCUCCAGCACCUUCCUGGACAAGCAGCACGAGGUGGAGCUCCCCUCGGUGCCGGCCAAGGACAAGGAGAAGGAGCGGCGGAAGCGCCCCAUGUCCCAGAUCAGCGGCGUCAGGAAGCUCAAGCACGGCUCCAGCCUGGCCGCUGCCGGCAUCCCCCGCUUCGGGGUGCGCACGGACCAGGAGGCGCUGCUGGCCAAGGAGCUGGAGGACACCAACAAGUGGGGGCUCAACGUGUUCAAAGUCGCUGAGUACUCAGGCAACCGCCCGCUGACGGUCCUCAUGUACAGCAUCUUCCAGGAGCGUGACCUGAUGAAGACGUUCCGCAUCCCCGUUGACACCUUCAUCACCUACAUGCUGACACUGGAGGACCACUACCACGCUGAUGUGGCUUAUCACAACAGCAUCCACGCCGCCGAUGUAGCCCAGUCCACCCAUGUCCUCCUCUCCACGCCUGCUCUGGAGGCUGUCUUUACGGACCUGGAGAUCAUGGCUGCUAUCUUCGCCAGCGCCAUCCAUGACGUUGACCACCCUGGUGUCUCCAACCAGUUCCUCAUCAACACCAACUCGGAGCUGGCGCUGAUGUACAACGACGCCUCGGUGCUGGAGAACCAUCACCUAGCCGUGGGCUUCAAGCUUCUCCAGGAGGAGAACUGCGACAUCUUCCAGAACCUGAGCAAGAAGCAGAGGCAGUCGCUGCGCAAAAUGGUCAUCGACAUGGUGCUGGCCACGGACAUGUCCAAGCACAUGAAUCUGCUGGCGGAUCUGAAAACAAUGGUGGAGACCAAGAAGGUGACGAGCCUGGGGGUGCUGCUGCUGGACAACUACUCCGACCGCAUCCAGGUCCUGCAGAACAUGGUGCAUUGCGCCGACCUCAGCAACCCCACCAAGCCUCUGGAGCUGUACCGCCAAUGGACCGACCGCGUCAUGGUGGAGUUCUUCCGCCAAGGGGACCAGGAACGGGAGAAGGGCAUGGAGAUCAGCCCCAUGUGCGACAAGCACACGGCCUCUGUGGAGAAGUCCCAGGUGGGCUUCAUCGACUUCAUUGCCCACCCGCUGUGGGAGACGUGGGCAGACCUGGUGCACCCCGAUGCGCAGGAGCUCCUGGACACGCUGGAGGACAACCGGGAAUGGUACCACAGCAUGAUCCCGCGCAGCCCAUCCCCACCGCCGGUGGAGCACGGAGCAUCCCCUGCCAGCACCGACAGGUUCCAGUUCGAGCUGACACUGGAGGAGGAGGAGGAGGAGGAGGAAGAGGAGGGGGAGCUGGACACGGAGGGCGCAGAGAGCCCCUUGGAGGAGGACAACAGUGGCUCCAAGACACCAGCCACAGAUGACUCGGGGUCGGCUGACAUCAAGUGCCUGUCACCCGGCCCUGGGGACCGGGACUUGCCCGUCACCUGCCCCAGGGAUGUGGACAACCGGCAGGCACUGGAGGGGACGAUGCCAAAGGACAGCGGUGGCAGUGGGUGCUCGGAGCCACGGCCUGAGGGGCUGUGCCUGGACACGGAGGGCAACGUCACAUUCCUGCCCCUGGGCACGUAGCAGCACCGGCCGUGGGUCCCCCUCGCUGCCGCAGGGAUGUGGGACUGGGCACUGCCAUGGUGACAGCAUCACCACCGCAGGGACACGGAGGGACCCAAAGUGUGUCCCCAUGCGGGGGGUCCUGAUGGGCACAAGGACUCUGCUCACCCUCUCCCAUCGGCUGCCCCCUGCUCCCACCCAGCCUGUGGGAGGGCUGGAACGGCCCCUGUGCUCUUCAGACAGGGCUUGGGAGCACUGUGCCCCAGCCCCAGCCGUGGGGACGUGGAGCCUCACAGGGCUCCGUGGACGAGGUCCUCCAUGGGGCCAGAGGCGUUUUGACAUCACUGUAGGCGGCCCCUGGCCCAACACAGCCCCACGGAGGGCCGGCUCGGGGGGUAAGGGUGCUGGUGCCAGCAUCCUCAGGGCUUCCGAG